UUUUUCUCAUGGGUUGCACCGCCUUUUAACUUCGCCAAAUUAUGGCACGGCUAUUUUGCCUAGUGUUUUUCUAUCCCUCACUUCAAACUUCAAUACAAGUAUUUGAAGACCUUUUCUUCUUCAGAGCUAAGAAAGAGGAAGAGAUAAGUAUAGGUCCAAUCAUGGCUGACCACCACGACAAUUUAGACGAACUCCUUGACAGUGCUCUUGAUGAUUUCCAGGGCCUUAACCUCGCUCCUUCCUCUCAGAGGAAUGGAGAACGCGAUGGUACUAAUGAGAGCAAGCAACAAGAAUCAUUUCCUUUACUGCCGAUAGGGAUUCAAGGGUUGGGUAUGGGAUUACCUGACUUGAAAAGCAAGAAGAAGGGAAAGUCAAAGGUUUCAGAGGAGUCCCAUGUUGCGGAGGCGCUUGACCAGCUUAGGCAGCAGACUAGAGAAGCUGUUAAGGGAUUGGAGUCCGUCACAGGUCCAAAACCAGUUGAUUUUAGUAAGGAUGCAAUGAUGGAAGAUUGGGUUAAGCAGUUUGAGGAGCUUGCUGGCUCUCAGGACAUGGAAUCUAUUGUAGAGACCAUGAUGCAACAACUUUUGUCUAAGGAGAUUCUUCAUGAGCCCAUGAAGGAAAUUGGAGAAAGAUAUCCAAAAUGGCUGGAAGAACACAAAGCCAGUUUGACCACCGCAGAUUAUGAGCGUUACUCUCAUCAAUAUGAGCUCAUCAACCACCUGAAUCAAGUUUAUGAGAAUGAACCUAAUAACUUUACCAAGAUUGUUGACCUUAUGCAGAAAAUGCAAGAAUGUGGCCAACCACCAAAUGAUAUAGUGCAAGAGCUUGCUCCUGAUAUUGAUUUCACUAAUCUUGGCCAAAUAUCUCCAGAGAUGCCCGAGUUGCAGUCAAAUUGUUGCAUAAUGUGAGGCUAUUCCUUCCUUUCUUCUGUACUCAUUAUUCCGCGUUUCCCAUUGUUCCAUAAGCGUCUUUUAUGCUUCUGAAAUGUUGUAUUCUGAAAGAUAAAAUAGUGCACAUAAAUUGGGUUUAUUAUUAUUUUUCUCACUUCCUAAUAAUAGAAUGCUCAAUUUGAGGGCCUUGGUUAAA